UCUGGAAAAAAAGAGAGGAACAAAACGGCCGUAGUAGGGGAGCUUAGGAGAGGUUGAAUCGCGCAACCCUGCAGUGAAAAUAACGGCGAGCGGAGCAUAAACCCUACCAAUAGGCAAUAGCAUGUCCCAGAACAAAGACAACGACCAAUACGCCGUUCUUCUCUAUUACAAGUACGCCGAAGUUCCCAACCUCGACGACCUCGCCACCUUCUACCGCUCCAACUGCUCCUCCCUCCGCCUCCUUGGCCGCGUUCGCCUCUCUUCCCGCGGUGUCAAUGUCACCGUUGGCGCCAACUUAUCCUCUCUCCACUCCCACAUUGAUGCCGUCAAAGCCUACAACGCAUUCUUCCACGACACUGAUUUCAAGCUCGCCACGUGUCAUCACCCGCUUAACGACAAGGUUGCCAAGGAGUGCGGUUUCACUUCUCUCUCGAUUAGGAUCGUCGACGAGCUUGUCACUCUCGCUUCCCAUCCACUGUUGAAGUCGCCAGAUAUCUCAAAUGCUGGAAAACAUCUCUCUGCACUUGAUUUCCAUUCUUCCCUCCACACCGCUAACAAGGAGAGUCCCGAAAACGGCCUCGUUUUACUUGAUGCAAGGAAUCUGUAUGAAACAAGAAUUGGCAAGUUUCAUGUGCCAAAUGUUGAAACCUUGGAUCCACAGGUUAGGCAGUACAGUGAUUUGUCCUCCUGGAUAGAUGAUAACGGUGAGCGGUUGAGAGGGAAGAAUAUCCUCAUGUAUUGUACUGGUGGAAUCAGGUGUGAAAUGGCAUCAGCGUAUAUUAGGUCAAAAGGUGCUGGGUUUGAGAAUGUCUUUCAGUUAUUUGGUGGCAUACAACGGUAUUUGGAGCAAUUCCCAGAUGGUGGUUUUUUCAAAGGAAAGAAUUUUGUUUUUGAUCACCGGAUAUCAGUUGGAAGUUCAGAUGCUAAUGUUAUUGGUACCUGCCUUAUUUGUCAAUGUUCAUUUGAUGAUUACUCUUCUCGCUGCCGGUGUACUUACUGCCGAAUGCUUGUUUUAGUUUGUAGUAGUUGCCAGAAUGAAUCUACCCCAUAUGUUUGCGAGCUAUGUCAGAAGCAGGGCAAGGCUGUUAGGUUAACGCAGUUAAUUGAAAAUGGUGAAUCAAAAACAUCAUUGCCAGGUGUUGAGUUACAGGAAUUUUCUUCAGAUAUUACAUUUUUGCCUCAAGUGCCUAAGGGAGAUGAUCUAAGGAUCUCAAGAAAACUGAGAAUCUUGUGCCUGCAUGGGUUUCGGCAGAAUGCAUCCAGCUUCAAAGGAAGAACAUCAUCACUAGCCAAGAAACUCAAGAAAAUGACUGAAUUUGUUUUUAUUGAUGCUCCUCAUGAAUUGCCAUUUAUUUAUCAAACCCCUAUCUCCGGGCUCAAUGUGAAUUGUGCAUCAACAUUGCCACCUAAUCCUCCUCCACCUUCAGAGAAUUGCAAGAAGAAGUUUGCAUGGUUUGUGGCACCCAACUUUGAUGAAAGUACUAGUGGGGUUGAUUGGAAGGUAGCAGACGGCCCAUUUGAUCCACUUCAAUACCAGCAGCAAACUGAUGGCUAUGAUAUUUCUCUAUCACACUUGAAGAAUGUGUUUUCCCAAGAAGGACCAUUUGAUGGAAUCUUGGGAUUUUCACAGGGAGCAGCAAUGGCUGCCUUAGUAUCUGCACAAGAAGCAAAGCUGAAAGGUGAAAUGGACUUUAAAUUUGUAGUCUUGUGCUCUGGUUUUGCUCUCAGGAUGAAAGAGAUGGAGUGUGGCCCUAUCAAGUGCCCUUCUCUUCAUAUAUUCGGUAAUGAACAUGGUAAAGACAGACAGAUAGCCAACCAAGCUAGCAAGGAACUCGCUUCUCUAUAUGAUAGUGAUUGUUCUGUGAUCGUUGAGCAUGAUUGUGGUCAUAUAAUUCCUACCCGCUCCCCUUACAUUGAUGAGAUCAAGGAUUUCCUUGGGCGUUUUCUGUAAGAGGUCAAACAAAAAAGAUCUCAAGUUUUUUUAUAUUAUUCAAAUAUGCCUCAUUGCUUGAUAUGUUGUCUUCUAUGUACCACCCCAAAAAAACUGUACUAUGCUCUAUUUUAUUUUAUUUUCAUUUUUUAUUAUUUUUUA